AUGUCUGAUGAAGACAAAGUGGUAAUGUGGCAAAUUUUGAGAAGGAAAAGAAAUAUGAGACUAUAUUGGAUUCAUCAAGAAUUUGUAGGUUUGAGUAAACAUGGAGCCACUAAAUGUGCUCAAGAAUUGAAGACAUCCGACGCAGUUUCAAAACUUACUGAAUACUGUUUAUUGUACUCGGUACUUUUGAACCUUAGUUCAGCUGGUAGCACCUCAUUACUAAACAAGACCAAUUACAGAUACAUGCUAUCAGCCCACAGAAGAAACUUUAUCACAUUCAGCUGUCCAGAAAACCAUAACCAGUUUUCGUUUGUCAGAAACUCAAAAUAUCUGUUUGUCAAUAUUGAGAUUGGUCACAUCGACAAGUUUAUCUUUGCAAUUGCCUACUUUCCACCACAUAGUAUCAUUGAGAAGUAUGUGAAAUUUGCAGAAAAUGUAGAUAAUCUAGCUGAAAAGUAUCCAGAAGAUAAGUUCCAGUAUCCUGUGAGAUUUUAA